GAUAAAACGAAUUAGUCUCAUGUAACCGGUGCCGUAGAUCCGUUUGUGGGGAGCUGAUGCGCAUUAGCGUAGUGCGUAUUUGGAACGGAUCGCUCAUGUAACCCCGGUAAAUGUGGGCGUUGAUGAAUGUGGGCAAGAUGUGCCACAUCCUUGGCCACAUCUAACUUCCGUUACAUAAGUGUGAGUCUGUUUCGUAUUUAUUGUGUUUUUUUUUUUUAUAUUCCGAGGUGUUGUUCUAGAUGAUGUCUUUCAGCAUUCAGUAGCUAUUGAAAGCUAACAAGCUACAUUGCAAAUGCUAGGUCACGUCGCAUGCUUUCAACUGGUUAGGUCGGGUCAAGAUUUUGAAACUACUUUCAAGUUACCGCUGCUGAAAUGUGGAUGAAGAGGCCUCAGCUGAAACAGAUUCUGAAUCUACAAAAAAGUCUGAAAACAUUUUUCUCUAGCGAUGCCCCAUUACCAAAACCAAACCUCAACUACCCAGGAGGAUCAAACAAAAUUGGUGCUUAUGGAUACUUCUUGCUCGUGAUACCUGUGUCAACGUUUGGUCUGGGGACAUGGCAGAUCUACCGGUGGCAGUGGAAGCUGGACCUCAUCAAGGACCUGCUGGAUAAGACCAAGGCCGACCCCGUCCACUUGCCAGAUGAUUUGUCGGAGCUGGCGGCGCUCGAGUACCGGCCAGUGCGCGUGCGCGGCAGCUACGACCACAGCCGGGAGAUGUACAUCGGACCGCGCUCGCUGAUCGUGUCUGGCGGCGACGAGGAGCUGGGCCGCAGCGGCCUGCUGUCGGCCGGACGCAGCGGCGUCCAGGUGGUCACUCCGUUUCGUGUGGCCGGCUCAGACACCGAGAUCCUGGUGAACCGCGGCUGGGUGCCCACCAAGAUGAUGGCGCCCUCCACCCGGCAGCAGGGCCAGAUCGAGGGCGAACACGACAUUGUGGGCGUGGUGCGGCGCACCGAGACGCGCUCCCAGUUCAUGCCGGCCAACUCCAGCACCACCAACAACAUGUUCCUCUACAGGGACAUUGGCCGGCUGGCGGGAGCAGCCGGCACCGCGCCCGUGUUCCUCGACCUGGCCGAGGGCAGCGCGCCGGCCGGCGCUCCGGCCGCCGGCCAGACGCGCGUCACACUGCGCAACGAGCACGUCUCCUACAUCGCUACCUGGUACUGUCUGAGCGCCUUUACGGCCGUCAUGUGGUGGCGCCGCUUCGUCUCGCUGCCGCGAAUCCGCUCCGAGGCGCUCCGGAGCGUCCGCUAGCCGGCGCACGGCUCGCUGGGUUUUGCUGCCGUCUGCAGAGUGACCAACUGCGGCGCAGCACUGGCAGUUGGUCGGAGCGUCCGCUAGACGGCGCACGGCUCGCUGGGUUUUGCUGCCGUCUGCAGAGUGACCAACUGCUGCGCAGCACUGGCAGUUGGUCGGAGCGUCCGCUAGACGGCGCACGGCUCGCUGGGUUUUGCUGCCGUCUGCAGAGCGACCAACUGCUGCGCAGCACUGGCAGUUGGUCGGAGCGUCCGCUAGACGGCGCACGGCUCGCUGGGUUUUGCUGCCGUCUGCAGAGUGACCAACUGCGGCGCAGCACUAGCAGUCGGUGUCAGUUUUUUUUUGUGCACCUGUGCUGCCGAUUAUCUGAUAGUGAAUAUACAGACCAUUGUCCAUUCGUAUGGCCAUAUUGGAUAUUUCCAA